GCAGCCUCAAUUAUUACUGGAGAAGAUGGAAGUCAACUUAAAGCACGUCUAUGUAGCAUCACAUAUACUUGCUAGGAAGAAAUUGAACAGCUACCUUCCUUUAGUUUUAUCUAUAUGAAGCAUAAGGGCUCCUCCCUACUCCAUCUUUGCGGUCUCAGCAGCAAACGAGACCGACAACAAACAAGUUACUAAUUUCAUCUUCCAUUUCUUUCCUGAAACCACCAUUCUAUACAUUAUCUUCUUCUCCAUUAUUCACGGGCGCGCCAGCUAUAUCGACAUUCUCCAUUUGUCCUGGUUUUGGCCAAUCCACUGUGAUAGCUUUCCUUUUAGCUCAAAUACAGAAGUUUGGACAGUGACACUGUCUUGUGUAUGACUGCGGUCCAGAAUUGCACUUGAUCCUAUUGAGGUGCAUACAGAGAUGAACUCCUCAGCCAAUCAUCAAUGGCUGGAAGAAUUGAUCACAAUGCUGAGCGCAGGAAAACGAAGAUCUCGGGGAGCUCGACUUCAUUGACCUGCUGAGCAUGCAGCAGCUCGCCGAAUCCCUCGCCGACGAGCUCUGGGACCAGCCUACUCAAGAACAGCAAGUACAGUUGGAUUUGGAUCAACGGCAGCAACCUAUGUACCCGACAGGCUUCUCCUUUCUCGGGGACAUCCGCAAAUCCUACGCGGAGGGAUUCCCGACGACGAUGGCCAUCAGCGCGGGCGGCGGAGACAGCGUGUUCUCCUUCACCGACGGCAAGUCGAAGCAGCUGAGCUUCUCUUCGCCAGAGCCCAAGCAGGACGGCGACGCCAGUACAACUGCCGGGAAAUUCGGCGCACGGUCGCCGGCGACGAUGGAAUCGAAAGGCAGGCGGAGAGCGAGCUCGAGCGUGCAUGAGCACGUCCUUGUAGAGAGGCGGCGGCGGGAGAAGAUGCACCUCCAGUUCGCGACCCUCGCGUCCAUCAUCCCUGACACCACCAAGAGAGACAAGGUGUCCCUCCUGGGGAGCACCAUCGACUACGUGCACCAUCUCAGGGGCAGGCUCAAGGCCCUGCAGGAUGAGCAGUUCCAGAGCACCGGCAGCACGGCGGAGUCACCACCGCUGGACGCCCGGUGCUGCAUUGGCUCCGAGGAUGACGGCGAGGCGAGCCAGAAGAUCGAGGCUGACGUCCGGGGGACGACGGUUCUGCUGAGGGUGGUGUGCCGGGAGAAGAAGGGGGUGCUGAUCAUGGUGCUCAAGGAGCUGGAGAAGCACGGCCUGUCCAUCACCAGCACCAACGUCUUGCCGCUCGCCGAUCAGUCGUUGCUGAACAUCACCGUCACCGCGCAGAUUGAAGACGGAUCUUCUACCGCUGUUGAGUUUGUGAAUAAUCUAAACUCCGCUCUGAGAAAUUUUUAGGUACAAAUUUCAGUUUAAUGGACGAAGUAUUGACAUUUGUAUGUACAAAUGGAGAUCGAAGUGGCAGCAACUAUAGCUAGUUUGUAGGUGAUUAGUGACCCCGUGUCCCUGUUCUACUUAGCUUUGUUCAAGGAAAUUGAUACCUUGUGUUUUUGUUCUGGCAAAAUAAAGGGAUGCAACUUUGUAUUUUGGGAUA